AUGUCUCCAUCGCCUUCGAAGAUGACCAUGGAUGAAAAUGUCAACUCUCCUCAGCUCAGUCAGUUUAAGACUUUCAAAGAUUUCUUCCUGAGCGAGGAGUACAGUGACAUGCAGAUCAUCUGUGGAGACAGCAUCUUUCCUGCCCAUAAGAUGGCUGUUUGUACUAACUCGGCCUGGUUCAAGAACGCGUGCCGCAGUGGCUUCCAGGAGUCCUCGGGAAUCAUUCAGCUGCAGGAGAUGGACCCUAUUGUGUUUCAGAGAAUUCUUGAGUAUCUGUACAAGAGAUCAUACAGCAUUGAAGGAGUAGCUUUGGACGCUUGCACCCCAGUUGGCAAGACCUCUCCGAGUGCUUGUGCUUUCGGAAAACGAAAGGACUCUAACCCGCACGGGUGGCGACGCAAGGGCACGAAGCGUCAGAAGAUCAUCUCUCUUGCUGAAAUCACAGGUGCCGACAAAAAUAUUAAUUCAAGCGAUUCUGCUGGGCCUUCCAAUGCUGGAUCAUUUGUUACCGAACCCUCUGUUGCCGAACCUUCCAUCGAUGAAUCUCCCGUCACUCCUCCUGCUGCAGAUCGCAGCUGGCCGCCACUCACUAUUUGCCCUCCGACUUAUUUCCACGCCAGAGUGUUCGGCGAUGCUGAUUUUUUCAUGAUGGAUGAACUCAAGCAACAGGCACUUGCCAAAUUCCGAAUUGCGUUGCGCGGCAUCAACGAACUUUGGAAAGUGGAGCUUCUCAUCUCGGAGCUUUGGUCCAAAAAUGCGAACUACACCCAGCUCCGACCCAUUCUUAUGGCGAGUAUCCUGCACCAUCAUUCUCGAGCUCACGACCAUUUUAAGGGCGUCAGCCGGGAGUUUCUUGAUUCUCAGCCCGGGUUUGUUUCGGACUUCUGUUUGUCGAUGGUGAAUAGUUUCAUUUGGGAUGACCCUGGCCGAGAGAGAGUAUUUGAGGAGAAACUCAUCCCCCUCAGUAACGAGAUACUUGACGCUUCGCUCUAG